AUAUCUCCGAAAUUUGCAUCACUAAUUUCUCAUAUCUUUUAACUAUAUUUUAUACAUCUUGCAUCCUGAAUAUUAUUUUAUUACCACGAAUCGUGCGUGAUAAAUAUCGUAUAUGAUGUCAAUGUAAUAUAUACGAAUAUAUUAGAUCUCUAGGUCCGGUUGCGAACCGCUUGGGACUUUAGAGAGAGUCUCUAGAAACCGAGAAAUCUCAUGAUAAAAAGAAAAGAAAAAAAGGCAACGAUAACGCGCAGGAUGUAGGAAAAUUCUGAAUGUCAGGAAAAUACUGUAGGCAUUGUAAAGCAGAACGCAACGGAUAUUGUUUAGAGAGAGUGAUUGGAUUAUAUCAAAAAUAUCGUGACUUUGAGGCUUGAGUUUGACUGGAAAAAUCGGAGCACCGCUGUCGAGAGGUAAGACUAAAGACGGUUGCGAAUAGAAAAGAAGAAAGAUAGAGAGCGAGAAAAAGAGAGAAAGGGAGCGCUAGGUCAUGGAAAACGAAGGGGAAGGAGAAGCUCGCAAAUUGUCGUUUCCAUAGUGAUUUAUACGUCGAGCUCUCCCUGAAGUAUCUUGGAGCGAAAAAUCAGUGCAAGACCGAUCUAAAAAUUCGAUUCAAGCGCACUCUAUCGAUUGCAAAGCGAAUCUUCAAGCGAAAUAUUUACCUUUAAGAUAAGAUUUCCAGAAAAUGAUUGCAGCGUUAUCUAAUGAGGACAAAGAAGAUUUUUUAAGAAAAUCCAUUCGUUUUAAAGCAACACAUGUGCACGUGUUAGCAGAGUUACUACAAGACGAUGCUUCGAGGACUAGCUUUCUUUUUGCCUCGAGAGACGAAAGAGAGAAGAUGUAUAGUAGCACGCAUGAAGCAGCGCGUUCCUUGCAUCGCGGUAAACUGGUAUUUUGCCAACCAGCAAUCGUGCAAAACGAUGCUCCAAUAAUUCAAUGCUAUUCGGAGCUAACGGAAUUAUCGCCUUCAACCGCGAGUUGAAACAUCAAACGAGUAAUUAGCGGAUCACGUUUGCGAAGGUAAUAUAAUCGCAUUGCAAUAUUUAGAAACAAAGAAGAAAAAAUUUAAACUACACUUGAGACGCCUGCGAGUUCAAAAAGAGUUUAAGUUGUAAAAACAGCAACGCUGUUCGUUCAAAAGCGAAAUAGAGAAGACACCGACGAAAGAUUCUAGAGCAUCGUAGACGCCUUCGCUUCUAGAAGCGAGAAAAUUCAGUGAAAGAGUCGCUCGAUGCAGUGACAGUGCUUUCGAGGAGUAACCAGCAGGGCUACGUCACUGGCGGGGUCCUCGUGACACAGAUCAACGGCGGCAACUAUAACGGUAUCCAUCGGCGUGACCUACUCUCGGCGAAGUCGCGCUCUGUCGGUUCUCCACCUUCGUCCUCUCUUCGUUUUACGUCUUUCUUCUGGACUCUCCUUUCGUCCAGGGCCGAAUGGCUAGUAUGAGCAUAAAAUGAGUAUCGGAGACCUGCCGUCUUGCGAUUGCCUCGUCUACUCUCCUGUCCGACCGGAAAUCACUGGAAUCAGGACAUGGGCGAGGCGAGAUGAUCGGCCGCCACUGCCGUAUAGCAUCUUCUCUCCCGUAUGCGGUGGGCUACACUUUUUCUUCCACGUGAGAAACAUCGGUAUGGGUCGUAUGGGCGGACGACCGGACCGCGGCUGAUUACGGACAGUAAUGAAAGCGGCCUGCUUGAGCACGGUGGGUAGAUAGGUAGGUGCGCAUCGCCGUCUGUCAUGUAGCCGCGCACCUUCCGCAUCUUUUGCCGCGCCGCACCUUCGUCGUCGAAGCCAUCAAUGAGACCGACGACAGCCGUCGCCGUUGUCGUUCCUCGCGCAUAGCAGGGUGACAUAGCCGAGACCUUGCGAGAGAGAGAUUCGAAUUGUCGAUUGUCACGGUUCAACCGCGGGUCCAGCCGCUGGACCAGCGAGUUAUGAGAGCGAUCGCGCCCUUCGUUUUUCUGGUGAUUGCAUUGCAGUUGACGAAAUGUCAAAUCAGCGGUGGUGGGCCAAGCACGUUCGGAUACGACGCGUCCUCAUCCUGCAGCAAACCGUAUUCGCGCACGGGACGCGCCCACCACGAGGAUCUACCUUGUGACUUUCGCCGACAGAACUGGUGCACGAUCGCCGGUACCAAUUAUCCUUGGCACGCAGUACGUCGAUUCGUGCAAGAGAAUCAAGGAUUGAUGAGACGCAUGUACGGCGACGAGAGUUACAUCAAUAUUCUGCGAACGGAAUUCGAGAAGAAUGAUAUUGAAUUCAAGUACGACGAGUACCAUCAUUAUUUCGCCGAUGAUCUAAGACAAUUUCAAUAUAACAAUGAUUAUGAAUUGAUUGAUGAUGAUCAGUCAAAGUUUAAUGCGAACGAGGACGAGAGUCGCGGAUUCACUAGUCGUUCCUUUAAUGAUCCUAUCGCCAAACGACUGAACAAAUUUCCGAAGCUCAGCGAAUAUACUAGACCGCACUUCAGACCCACUGAACAAACCACUAGUUCGACUGUCUCAAGCACGAAGAUUCCAUCUUUGAUUUUGUCUUCAACAUCGACUAGUGCUACGACUUUCGACACGCGUACGCCAUCCUUGACAACACCCGUGUCUAAUACUACUGUAAUGGAUGAGAAACAAAAAGAGAUCAAGACUCAACCUCUUGUAACAAUAUCUUCAACGUUUUCAAACACCACUGUUGAGAUUGCUAAUGGUGAUGAUGUUGCGGUAAAUAACACGACAACAGCAUUGCCAAGCAUUACUGUGGCUGAGAUCGUCAGAGAACAAAAUUUUAGCAUUAACGAGAUUCCCGGGCAGAACGACAGAAUCGACGAAGACCUGGAGGAACUUGGAGAAGUGCUAAUGCAAGAAUCAGAAGAAACAACAAUUAGAGAAACAACUUUGGAAUCAACCGAAACAACGAGUAUCGUCUCUACGGAAACAUUAACUGAUCGAGAUGAGGAAGCGGAAAUGUUAAACGUUGCUACGAAGACAACUGUACAUGAAGACAUAGUAGCUGCACCAAGCAAUGAGCAACAACAGUUUAGACCGCGUCCCGAGUAUCGACCAUCGAGCGUGGCCGAAUCAGCAAGUGUCAGUGGACAACUUUAUCAGGACGUCGCGGCCAAGGAUCAUGAGCCAGUACUGAAAGUUAGAGGAGUAAACGCUUGUCCAGUAAAAGAGGAAGUUGUAGCACCAUUUUGGGCUAACAACACUCGCGGUGAGGUCUUGGCUCUUCUUAAUCUCUAUCCCUUCGAGCAAUAUGUGCAUUGGGAAAAAUGCACACACGAGAACAAGCAAAUGCAUUGUCGUGACGGGUGCAGAUGCGAGCAGCAGUAUCGUCUACAUCGGCUGUUGGCUUAUGAUCCAAAUAAUGAAUGUCGCGGAAUUUUCAGCGAUUGGUUCAAGUUUCCAAGCUGCUGCGUCUGCCGUUGUUAUGAUCUGCCAUUAGAGUUUCAUCGAGUGACAUCACGUUCACCACGCACCUCGCGCAAGCGACGAAUCAAGAUGCAACCACCAACGCGGGACCGUUAUCCGUGAUCUAAUUGUAUUUUCGCUGGCCGAUCGCCAAAUAACACAACGUAAGUAUAAAAAAUCCCGCUAGAUAAAAUCGUACGCAAAAUUCUAAAAAAUGCAGUUACAAAUCGAUUCUUUAAUUGGAAAAAUCUCUGUUCAAUUCGAUAGUGAUUGUUAAUAUUUAUUAUUGUUAAUGUUUUGUCGAAAUAUCUUUAUAUUUUUUUAUA